UCGGGCAAUACGCAGACGAAGUCAAAGAUAAACUAGAAGAUCUUGUCAACAAGAUCAACAAGAUUUUCGCCACAUGGAAUCUACGAAUGAAUCCGUCUAAGUGUGAAACCAUCGUCUUCCGUGUUCCUGCCAGAACAGUGACCAAGACCAAGAGGGUAAAAAUUGAGAACUUCACUAUCUGUACGUUCAACCCGGACACGAAAGCGCCAGUCACCAUCCCGACCAAAGGUAGUCUGAAGUCCAUCGACAAUAGUCUAAUCCAACGUCUCAGUGUAGUAAUCUCGGUCCAAGUGAAAGAAAACGCCCAGACAGGGUACCUCCAACCACAAGACUUCACAGUCCUUGACAGACAAGGCGUGAUUCAAGAUCAUUUCAAUAUGCCUGUUAUUUAUCAUAAAAGCAGACAUAUGAGUGACAAAAAAAUUCUCUGGUCAGAGAAUCAAAAUUACACUGAAUUAAAAUACUCCAAGGCCAUCCCAGACCUAGACAAAAACAACUUUUACCGGCUGGACAAAAAGUUC